GGCGCUGCGCGACGCGGGCCUCGCCAGAGCCGCUCUAGGCGCGGGAGGCGGUGCAAGAUGGCCGGCGAGGGCUCCGUUUGCAGCUUCGUUUUCAAGAAGCGGGGCCUAGCGGCGGGCAGGGGCCGGCGUAAGCGGCCCAGCAGCGACCAGGAGCAGGAGAGCAGUGGGGAGGAGGCCAGCACGGUGGUGCGGAAGGAGCGGCGGCGGGAGACCCCCAACCCCAUGAUCCAGAAGACCAGGAGGUGCGCGAAGGAGAGGCCUGCAUAUGCACUGAGCAGCAGUGAUGAGGAGGAUCCAUCAAAGGGGAUUGGAGUCACUUACAAAUCAACAAGGUCGGCGAAACCCGUUGGCCCAGAAGACAUGGGAGCCACAGCAGUGUAUGAACUGGACACAGAGAAGGAGAAAGAUGCCCAGGCCAUCUUUGAGCGCAGCCAGAAAAUCCAGGAGGAGCUGAGAGGAAAGGAAGAUGAUAAAAUUUACCGUGGUAUCAACAACUACCAGAAGUAUGUGAAGCCCAAGGACACGUCGAUGGGAAAUGCCUCUUCAGGAAUGGUCAGAAAAGGACCCAUCCGCGCUCCGGAGCACUUGCGGGCCACGGUGCGAUGGGACUACCAGCCUGACAUCUGCAAGGACUACAAAGAAACUGGGUUCUGUGGCUUUGGAGACAGCUGCAAAUUCCUCCAUGACCGCUCGGACUACAAACACGGCUGGCAGAUUGAACGGGAACUGGAUGAAGGCCGGUAUGGAGUCACUGAGGAGGAGAACUAUGAGGUGAGCAGCGAUGAAGAGGAUAUGCCUUUCAAAUGCUUCAUCUGCAGAAGUUCCUUCAAGAACCCCGUGGUCACCAAGUGUAGGCACUACUUCUGUGAGAGCUGUGCCCUUCAGCACUAUCGCAAAUCCCAGCGCUGCUACGUCUGUGACAAGCAAACCAAUGGAGUCUUUAACCCAGCAAAAGAGCUCAUGGCAAAACUGGAAAAACACAAAGGGGAGGAAGAAGAGCAGCAGCAUUCAGACCAUGGAGAGGAUCCUCAAUAGCAGAGCACCCUAUUUUAUAUUUAGCUGAAUAAAGCUUUCAUGGGAGAAAAAAAACCAAACAAA